UUUUUUUAGAAUAUUGAAAUUCCAUUAAAAAAAGAACACAUCAAACUUCUAUUAUUUUACUGAAAUGAUCGAUGUUAUGGAUCACUAUAUAGGAAUAUAUAUUUUUUACAAUUCAUAGAGUUAUUAAUUUAAGUUGUUUCUCUCAUGAAAAAUGUGAUAAAUUUGUUUUUACGUUUACCACAUAUUUUUAUCAUAUUCUAUAACUUUUAUAAUUCCUUAUGAUUUCAACGAUAGAACAAAAUUUCACCAUUUCGCGAUAAUUUAGCUUCACGAUUCACGUGGUGUUGGACUGCCUACUGCAAUACUUAGCGGAUCGCAGUUCGUCGACGAAUGUUGACUCGAUCAGUUGAGGUUAUGAUAGUAAUAUAAAUUUUAAAGUAAUUCAAUUAAUAUAACCUAAAUUUUCUAUAAAAAAAAGGGUAAUAAUGUUUUCUCCGCGACGAAUAAUUAGUUUCGGACUGAGGAUGACAUUACAACAUUUACAAGAGAACAUUACCAGCAUGCAGAGUAUUCAAAAACCAGCUUUAUUCAUGCAACGUUGUAAUUUUUCGAUAGCGAGAACAUUUAUGUCAGAAUUUAUUCAGAAACCAACUGUGGAAAAUACAAGUUCAGAUGAAAACCUUAAGCAACAAUUAGCAGAAAUUACUGGAAAAUUGCAACUUUCCUUUACUUGCAAAAAGUGCAACACUAGAAACUUUAAUAAAUUUAUAUCCAAACAUGCAUAUAACAAAGGAGUUGUCAUUGUUCGUUGUGAUGGAUGUAAGAAUAAUCAUCUAAUAGCUGAUAAUUUAGGAUGGUUUGGUAAUCAGGGGAACAGAAAUAUUGAAUCAAUCAUGAAAAAAAAAGGUGAAACCGUUCGUAGAAUAAAAGCUGAUGAUCAUGGAGGAUAUUUUGAAGUAUUAGCAACCGAAGAAGCUUUAAGGAUUGAAACUUUGUUAAAAAAGCAAAUUACAGAGAAUAUCAAACCAGUUGAAGAAACUGAAGAAGUUGAUAAAGUAAAAUAUGAAAAAGUUAGAUAAUUGCAAAAUAAUUAGAGUAGUUAUAAAUUCUUGUAUAAAAAUUUAUUUUUCAAUUAUUACAUAGGUAGAAAUGUUUAAUAUUGUGUAUAUAUAUACAAAUAAAAUAGUUUUAUUUAAAAAAGUUGUCUUU